AUGGCAGAGCUAGGAGUGUUUGCUGCAAGGCGACAAGAAGAUACAACCAGAGAAUCAGGCUUCGCCUACACCAACAGCAAUCAUACCAAAGAUCCUUUUGAGGGCCCCAACUACCACAUCGCUCCGAGAUGGGUGUACAAUAUCUCAACACUUUGGAUGCUCUUUGUGGUCGUGGCCUCGACCUUCACCAACGGCCUGGUGCUGGUGGCCACUGCCAAAUUCAAGAAGCUCCAACAUCCUCUCAACUGGAUCCUGGUCAACCUGGCGUUUGCCGACAUUGCGGAGACUCUGUUGGCUAGCACCAUCAGCGUUUGCAACCAGAUGUUUGGCUACUUUAUCCUCGGACACCCGAUGUGUGUCUUUGAGGGAUUCACCGUCGCCACGUGUGGUAUUGCUGGUCUGUGGUCUCUGGCUGUUAUCUCCUGGGAGAGAUGGGUGGUGGUGUGUAAGCCCUUUGGAAAUGUCAAGUUUGAUGCUAAAUGGGCCAUGGGGGGUAUUAUCUUCUCCUGGGUCUGGUCUGCUUUCUGGUGCACCCCUCCUAUCUUCGGCUGGAGCAGGUACUGGCCUCAUGGACUGAAGACUUCCUGUGGACCUGAUGUGUUCGGAGGCAACGAGGAUCCUGGAGUCCUGUCAUACAUGAUCGUUCUGAUGAUUACAUGUUGCUUCCUGCCCCUGGGAGUGAUUGUCUUCUGUUACCUGUUCGUGUGGCUGGCCAUCCGUGCUGUUGCAGCGCAGCAGAAAGACUCUGAGUCAACACAGAAGGCUGAGAAGGAAGUGUCCAGGAUGGUUGUUGUCAUGAUUUUUGCUUACUGUGUCUGCUGGGGACCUUACACGGCCUUUGCCUGUUUUGCUGCGGCUAACCCCGGGUAUGCUUUUCACCCUCUGGCUGCCGCUCUGCCGGCCUACUUUGCCAAAAGCGCCACCAUCUGGAAUCCAGUGAUCUAUGUCUUCAUGAAUAAACAGUUCCGUACGUGCAUCAUGCAGCUCUUUGGCAAGGAAGUCGACGACGGCUCGGAGGUGUCUACAUCAAAAACAGAGGUUUCCACCGUGGCACCGGCAUAAAACCCCCCAGACAACGUUGUACCUCUUGGAAACAAAUCACGAACGUUCUGAGAUAUUCCACACGGGACUUUUUCAAAUGUACAGUUCAUCCUCUUUUGUUUCUGAAACACCAUUUUUGCAGGAGAAAAUUAAGCUUUACGUCAUACAGUUGUAAUGUGUUUAAAAACAUUACCCACCAAACUGAAAUGGCUAUGAAUCACCUCAAGGAGUUUUUAUAAUCCAUGGUCUUCAAAAUAACUGAAAUUGCUAUGAAUCACCUCAAGGGGU